CUGCUUCUUGAGUGGGAGGGGCUGAGAGACGAACCGCUUCUACAGAAGGAUCAAACGGCAAGCGUCGUCUCUUCAACCUAGCAAGUGAAGGGCACUGUCUGUCAAAUAGGCUACGGGAGUUCGGUGUCUUUGACACGGGAGAGAGAGGGGGACAGAACCAUGAAAGAAGCGGAGAAGGGCAAUGAUGCAGGUGGAGGAGGUAAAGAUGGAACCAGAAAAUCAGAAAAGGAUCAGAGCUGGGUUCCAAAGAUCAUUAAGAAGAGAGUGUGCACAGCAUUUGUGGAAGACUCCUUCAGCAAUGGGGCUCUUUGUCAGUGUGGCGGGACGCGAGAGAUGCAUAGCUCCAUCGCCACAGGGGAUUAUUUUGGGGCUGCCAUCGUGAGCCAGUGGGCCAGCGCCCAGCAUUCCUCUGAAUACCCCACAGAUGCUUUUGGGGAGCUGGAGUUCGCUGGGGCUGGCAGAAGACACAGUAAUUUCCUGCGCCUGUCGUGUGACACAGCCCCUCAGAUUGUGUACACGCUGAUGACAGCCCACUGGGGGGUGCCAGCCCCCAACCUGGUGGUGUCUGUAGUGGGGGGCGAGGGCAAGGAGGUGGCCAAGCCCUGGGUGAGGGAGGUCCUCCGGCAGGGCCUGGUGCGGGCUGCACAAAGCACAGGAGCGUGGAUAUUGGCUGGGGGCCUUAGGGAAGGCGUUGGGCGUUGUAUUGGGGAGGCAGUGAGGGAUCAUGGGACAGCGGCCUCCUCUGUAUCCCAGAACAAGGUCAUUGCUCUGGGUGUGGCACCUUGGGGCCUUGUGCACAACCGCCAGCAGCUUAUCAAUCCACAGGGAAGUUUCCCUGCACGGUAUUAUGUUCAGAAUACUUCUCGAGAUUCCCGAUGUCUGGAUAAUAACUACCAGGCCUUCCUCCUGGUGGAUGAUGGUAGUGUAGGCCGCAGAGGAGGGGAGAUGGGGUUCAGAGCUAACUUAGAGGACUACAUAUCCCAUCAGCGCACUGGCAUCUGGGGCAGUGGCAGUAUUGAGAUUCCAGUCUUGUGUAUGUUAAUAUCCGGAGACGUCUCCAUGCUAGAGAGGGUGGAUCUGUCCCUGCGUAAGGCCACACCGUGGCUGGUUCUGAAGGGUUCUGGCCCUGCAGCCGACCUGAUCUGUGAGCUCCUGGAUGAGCUGUCAGCGAUGCCCAAGAGCCCCACCUCACCCCCUGCAGACGGGGAGGGCGUAGAUGGCCCCAACAUGGAGCAAAGGGAGCGGGUGCGGGACCGGAUCAGCAAGGCCUUCCCUGGCGAGGCUGACCUGGAGAAAUUAGUGGACCGGGCUCUCAGCAUUUACCAGAACAGGGACCUGAUCACUGUGUUCCACGGGGAACAGGAAGGGGCAGAUGACUUUGACACAGUCUUACUGAAGGCCUUGGUCAGAGCCAGCAAGCGCGUGUCCAGUGACGCCAGUGAGAACAUUGAGGAGCUGAAGUUGGCCGUAGCCUGGAACAGAGUGGACAUCGCCAAGAGCGAGCUCUUCAAUGGGGACAUCCAGUGGCGGUACGAAGACUUGGAAGACUCCAUGACGGACGCGCUGGUGAACGACAAGCCUCAGUUUGUGCGUCUCUUCACGGAGAACGGCCUGAACAUCCUGGACUACCUGACCAAUCAGCGCUUGGAGAGCCUGUACAGCUCGCUGUCAGACAGCUCGCUGGUCUACACCCUGCUGCAGCGUAUGCUCAGUGAGCGACAGGGGGUAGCCUCCAACCUCGCCCCCGUGCCAGCCCCUGAUCCCAGCACCCCCCCUAAGAGCCCCAUCACCGACCCCUGCUUAGCUAACGAGCUCAGCCUCUAUGAGGUAUCACGAGUAUUGUGGGAGAUACUGGGAGAUGUUUGUCAGCCCUUCUAUUUUGGUCCACUGCGUUUGGAUCAUGGUACUAGCACAAGAAAAGCACUGAAGCAAGUGAAUAAGCUGUUGCUGGGGGAGUGUUCAUACAAAGACCAGCGCUGUCUCUCUCCCUGGGCAUCCCUCUUUAUCUGGGCCGUCCUGCAGAACCGCAGUGAAAUGGCCAUCUUCUUCUGGGAGAUGGCAGGAGAGUCUGUCCUUAGUGCUCUCAGUGGUUGUAAGAUACUGAGAGAGUUGUCUAAGAUGGAGAAUGAGACCGAGUCAAAGUUGGCCAUGAAGGAGCUCGCCCAGCGCUUUGAGAACCUGGCACACGAUGUGUUUAGUGAGUGCUAUAAGAGCAGUGAGAGUCGCUCCUUCUCGCUGCUCAUCAGGAAGUCUCCAGUGUGGGCCGGGAGCACGUGUUUGCAGAUGGCCAUUGCAGCUGAUGCCCGACUCUUCUUCAGCCAUGAUGGUGUUCAGGCAUUGCUCUCUCAGAUCUGGUGGGGUGACAUGGAGAGCUGCACGAAGGUGUGGAAACUCGUCAUCUCUUUCUUUUUCCCCCCUCUCAUCUACUCCAACCUCAUCAGCUUCAGAGAACAGGAGGAAGAUCAGAAGAUAGAGGAGGUCUUUCACUGCCGGGACAGCCUGGACGGAGGAGGAGACGCCACAGUGUAUUCCCUCGGCGACAUCCUGCACACGAAUGAAGAUGCAGAAGAAUAUAAUGCUUUAAGGGACAAAUCUAAAGGAGCCUCCCUCUCCAGCCAAAAGCGACCAUUUGUGUUCCACAGAUGGCGGCAAUUCUGGUUCUCACCCGUUACCUCGUUUCUUGGCAACGUGCUGAUGUACUUCCUCUUCCUCUUCCUCUUUGCUUACAUCCUAUUGGUUGACUUCAAGCCACCACCUAAAGGCCCUACCUCCAUGGAGCUUGUGUUGUACUUUUGGGUGUUCACCUUGGUUUGUGAGGAGAUACGACAGUCUUUCUAUGUAGGAACCACCACUGUAUUCCAAAGGAUGCGGUUGUAUAUCCAGGACAUCUGGAACAAAUGUGACUUAACCGCCAUCCUUCUGUUCUCUUUGGGCCUCAUAUGCAGAAUGUUCCCAUGGUCGUAUAAGUUUGGGCGUUCAAUGAUGUGCCUGACCUAUAUGGUCUUCACCAUGAGACUCAUCCACAUUUUUGCCGUUCAUAAACAGCUGGGCCCCAAGAUCAUCAUUGUUGGGAAAAUGGUGAAGGAUGUGUUCUUCUUCCUGUUUUUCCUCGGGGUGUGGCUGAUGGCCUAUGGAGUAGCCAAUCAAGCACUUUUAUACUCUUAUGAUUCCCGUCCUGGUUGGAUAUUUCGUCGAGUUUUCUACAGACCAUACAUGCAUAUUUAUGGACAGAUACCACUGGAUGAAAUAGAUGCUGACAAACGCAGCGAGAUAGAGUGCACAAGCAAUGCAACUCUAAUUCAGGAGGGCAUGGAGGCGUGUCCGCAGUCUGAUGCCAACUGGCUGGUGCUCAUCCUGCUGUCUGUCUACCUGCUGGUCACCAACAUCCUACUGGUCAAUCUGCUCAUUGCAAUGUUCAGCUACACUUUCAACAAAGUUCAGGAGCACAGCGACGUCCACUGGAAAUUCCAGCGGUACAACCUGAUUGUUGAGUACCACUCGCGGCCUUGCCUGGCUCCGCCCUUCAUCAUCCUCUCCCAUCUGCACCUCUUCAUCAAGAGGAACAUCCGCAGGAUGCCCUCUGUCAAAAUGACACACUUCGUUCUGGAGAUCAGGGGCAGGAAGGCUAGCCAGCUCAACACGUGGGAGUCCAUUCAGAAAGAGAAUCUUCUGUCCAUCCAGAACAAGAAGCAACGUGAGAGCGACACAGAAAGACUCAAACGCACAUCCAGCAAGGUGGAUAGCGUACUGAAGCAAAUGGUGGAGAUCCGAGACCACGACCGCAGGCUGAGAAUGCUGGAGUCAGAGCUGGAGUACUGCUCCAGCGUCCUCUCUUGGAUGGCGGAUUCACUGUCCCAGAGUAACCUGAUAAAACCACCACGCCCUCCCCCCACACGAAGAGAUUCAGUCAUCAGUUCUCCCAGCUGCUGAUGGAGACCGGGGAGGAGAGAGAGACAGAUAGAGCCAGAGGGAGAGAUGGAGUGGAAAUUGGUGAGAAGACAUACAGAUGGACACUUAUAGAAGCACAGGUGCGACUAUCACCCACCCACAAUCUGGCUAUUUAUUUGUUAUUUGUUAGCAUAUAGCGCCAAAAGCUCUGACAUUUCCAUUACAUUUGUUUUGCUUGUUAGACGGUGGAGGUGUUUUAUCUCCAUGUAACCAUAUUUUGGUGUGUGUGUUUGCAUAGUUUUGACAUAUUACUGAUGUCUGCUCUAUGUAUCACCAUAGGCUACAAGUUUCAAGUGUACAAAAUUACCACAGUUGUACAACCACAACUCACUAAAGUUUUGACAGCAUAUUAUAUUGUGUUUCGGCCAUGCCAUUUUAUCUGUCCUGUGCAAGGUUUAAUGUUAGACGUAGUAGAGUACUUGAUUCAAUCAGGGUAUGACACUUUCACCUCAUUCUAUUGUAGAUAAACUUGCACUUGUUUUUUAUACUAAAAUGGACUUACUGUGUCAACUUUUUCUGUAUUUUGUGUUCCUUUUAUUUCAUUCGGAGGUUUAUUACAAAACAGCUUACAUUCUUAACAUGGGCAUCAUAUGAAAAUACUGUAUGGUCAUGGAUACAUCUCCUGUCACACAAGUCUCCCCUAUGUGAACUGGAUUAUAUGGAUAUUUGUGAUGAAAGUCAUAGAUAGGCUAUAUGUGAAACUAAAGCAUGGAAAUAGACCUAUGUAAGCUGCUUUGCAAAUAAACUCAUAUUUUGAAGUGUG